UAAGCACAUUUGUCAGAGUUCAAAAAAUAACUUUAAAGUGUAAAUAUGAACUUCUAGCUAUCAAAAAAGUUCAAAGUUGAACUUAAAGUUUCUAUAAUGAUCCACUGGUUAUUUGGCAGUUAUUUUUCGAACCUUUGUUGUGGUAAAAGGUUCAUAUUAGAACCUAUAGCAUAGUUACUAUAGCAUAGUUAAGGUUCUUUCAUGAACCUUUUCUGAGAUGUACUGUAAAGACUACACUGAGUACAGUUAGAACACCAUUUGCUUGUUACAUUAGUAAAUUCACAAACUCAGUAUUAAUGAAUUUACUCUUAUUCAGUUACUAAUUGUGAUGUCAGAUGCAGUUGUGGCCUCCAUCCGUUUAACCAAAAUGUUUAGUGUUUCAUCUGUGCCCCAUGCACCUCACAUAUCUCUAAAUUGCACAAUAACCUUUAGGGCACCAUGUUGUUGUCAAUUUUUAGAACACAAAUUAAAAAUCACAAAAAUCAAAGUUCAGUUUUAUGUUCAGAAAUGAACAAGAAGCUAUUCUGUGUUAAAUUGAGAGGGUGAAAUUCUUACCCGUAAAAAUAAACUUUAGGUCACACUUUAUAUUAGGUGGCCUUAACUACUAUGUACUUACAUCAAAAAAUAAGUACAAUGUACUUAUUGUGUUCAUAUUGUAUUGCAAAACACUGUUGCUGCUAUUGAGGGGGGAUACGGGUAAGCUUAGGGACAGGUUUGGUGGUCUGGGUAGGUUUAAGGGUGGGUUAAGGUGUAAGGGAUGGGUCAACAGUGUAAUUAUAAAUGUACUUACAUAAAUUAAUUACAGAUGUAAUUACAUAUAGCGAUAUUUAUAUAAGCAUAUAUUUAUUUAGCGAUCGGCGCCAAAACGUCAUCUGUACGGAACAUCAUUGUGUACGGAACAUGAUUGGUCUACGUUACCCGAGAAAUUCCCAUACAGCAGACUUCGUCUUUUUCGACGGGGGAAAAAGUUCCAGGGAUUCACCUCAUUCGGCCAUCAUCCUACACACAGGUGACUCUCACUGACCGCUGUCCGGAGGGGGAGGGGUCGUGUGACUCGUUACGCUCUUCACUGCUCACAACUGAGGGAGUCCUGCACUUUCCGUCUUUGACGACGGAAAAUUUUAGUGGUUUUGAAAUCGUGAAUUUUCCAAACCGCGGUAUACCUUGAAACCGGUUAUCAUCCCAUGCCUAGCCUUUAUAGCUAUAAUUUCAUGACUCCUGUUGUUUUAACAGACUGAAAUUGAUGGAGAUAUUUUAAUGAACCUAACUGAGAUUACGAAAGUUUAAAUAUUACCAAAAAUGAAGGAUUAAGUUAAAUUCAUAAGAUUACAAGAAAACCUAAAGACUGAGAUGCCAGCAAGACCACAGACACCAUGAGUAAGUUACUACUCUACGGGUUUAAAAAUUUGUGAGCACAUUUAGGCUACUAAUUAUUAUUAACUAUUAUAACUGCUGUCGUCUGGUCGACGCUACGGAGCUCUGAGAACCAGAACACAGGAACAGUUUUUUCCCUCAGGCUAAUUAUUUAAUGGGAUGUACGGAACAACUUAGCGACUUUAACAUAUUCUCACAUUUAUGCAUUUGGUUGAAAUUGUUAUUACAAAGCAACUUUUAGGGCAUUCCCACUUUUAAUCGGAUGCUCAAUUAGGUCUAAUGGUCAGGUCAGGUUUCCAUAUGUUUAGCCGAACUAUAUUGUGAUCUUUGCAAAUCAUUGAGCUGUUUUUCCAUACUAACAUGCACCUUUCUGCAAACUUUUUUUGUAGGACUUCCUAUUGAUAUUUCACCUGGAUCAGUCUCAAGACAACAUAUUGCUUGUUUGUAGCAACAUAUUGUAGCAAUAAAAAAAAAAAGACUUGAGAGAAGAGAUUUUUUUUCUUUGAAAAGACAAAGCAAACAAGAUCAAAAAUAAUUCAAGGUCUGUUUGAUUAGAUGUGCACAUAUACAUGGUAAUUUCCACAAUGCAGUAAGUUUAUAAUUGUAGAGAAUGAUGAGGGUAAAAAUGUUUUUCUCUAUUUUCAGGUAUGCAAUAGGAGUCCAUCAAAAAUAUGGUAGCCAUUGUAGAGUAGAUGGAUGAUCUAUCUGGUCAAGAUUUGUAUCAAAAGAGGCCAAGGCCAGUAGGGGUAAGUGUCACAGACAGUGAUCAACGAGUGCCAAAGAAGAGCAGUUGGGGUAGAUAUUGUUACUGAGUUGAAUGAAGAAAAACAAAUCUGUGUUGGUUUGGCACACAAAGGUAAUAAAUCACUGAUUUACAUGAACAGUAAUGCUAAGAAUCACAAUUAUCAGAAACAUAGUAGGCCAUAUUCAAUUUAACACAUUUUAUAUUUAAGGUCUCAAUGGUUGCUGCUGUUUCCACUUCUAUUAAAGGAGAGUCAGAGAUCUCUUCAUGUCAUCAGUGAGGUGAGUGCAUUUGGAACAGUGUAUCCAUAAUAUUUAAAUCUAUAUUUUUUUCUUUUUCAACCCCUUCUCCUGGUUAUGAUUUCUUCUAAACAUUUGUUUAUGGGGUUAUUCAGUGGAACGGUUUGUGUCCAUGCAUGUUCCACAGUAACAGCAGCAAGAAUGAAUAAAGGGAAUAUUCAAACAAAAAUUAAAAUUCUGUCAUAAUUUACUCACCUUCAUGUUGUUUCAAACUUGUAUGACUUUCUUUUGUUUUGUGAAAUAAAUUAUUUUCAAGAAUGCCACUGAAAGUCAUUGACAUGUUGUUCUGGACCCCAGUGAUUUUUAUCAUAUGGACAUUCUUAAAAAUAUCUUAUUUUGUGUUCUGCAGAAGAAAAAGGGUUGUUUGGAACAACAUCAGGGAGAGUAAAUGACGACAAAAUAUCCCUUUAAUGGGUCAUAUACUUUUGAUUACAAUUUGUUAUAUUUAGAAUUAAUUGUUUUCUCACUGAUGUCAACUUAUAAUAUUAGUAAGGGAUUCUUGCAACCAAAAAACUCAUAAUGUAGUUUGUCAUGACUACUUGCCACCGUCUCUAUUAUCUUAAUUAUGUUGAUAAUACAGUUUACACUGCCUCAUCUUUCUUUUCAAAGCCUCUUUUACAUUGACAGGUUCAAAAAUAGUAUCAUAAUGUAUCAUAAUGCCAAAACCAAUAUGCCAGCCACAAUGGCCAGUUUUUUUUUUUUUUUUUUUAUUAAAUUAAUGUAUAUGUAUAUAAAUGCAUGAUGUUGAUUGUUGUUUAUUUAUUAAUGUGUUUGUUGGUUUGUUUGUAAUAUAUAUUUAUGUUUGAUUGUUGUUUAUUUAUUUAUGUGUUUGUUGGUUUGUUUGUAACAUUUAUGUUUGAUUGUUGUUUAUUUAUUUAUUGUUGUUUAUUUAUUUAUGUUUGUUGGUUUGUUUGUAACAUAUUUAUGUUUGAUUGUUGUUUAUUUAUUUAUUGUUGUUUAUUUAUUUAUGUGUUUGUUGGUUUGUUUGUAAUACAUAUUUAUGUAUUAAACAGUUUGUGGACAAUCGCUGUGUUCUGUCUACACUGUUAGACAUUUCUGUAAUUUCCACAGUUAUUUACUGUAUAUCACCCAGUGUAAUACUGCAAAUUCCCUUUACAGUAAAUAACUGUAAUACCCUUUGCAUCAUGGGAAUUUUCUGUGACGUCAGACCCCACAUACAGAGACUUACUGUAUUUUUUUAAAUUGCUGUAUACUACUGUAACGGUCUCUUUGGCGCCAUUAUACUGAGGUCGUUUUAUUUUCCUCAUUUCUUACAUUUGGAUUGACACAAUUUGCUCUACACCGUGUCUACAACGAUGCAACAGCUUGGGACUGACUACUGGACGUAUUACAUCGCUUGUAAUGAUUGGAAAAUCCGUUUGUACUUCGUGUCAGAAGCAGCGCAAGCGCUUGGAGUACAUCUGUAUGUCAGAAAUAUACCGGGGCAUCACUUUACUGUCCGCAUCCACUGUAGAUAGUAUAUAUAAUGGGUUCUAUAUUGUUGCCUGUUGUCGAGUCGUGGGCCGUGACACACCACUUGUCCGAGGAAGACACGGAUCCAGCGGGGCAGCGCCGCAGGUUUUUUGCCCGGGGAUGAACCCGCGAGAGUGGGAGAGCUCCGGAGAACAUCUACGCUGUGUGUCAAUGCACCUUACGAGACAAUAAGCAAGGUAAAAAUGUGUACAUUUGUCUGUGUGUUUGUGUCAGAUUUUUGCACACCAGUUUAAUCAUUUACUCGUCAACAUGGCAGUUACAGAACUUUACCAUGGUAAACUGCGCUGUCGUUUCAAACGACUUUUGUCAGCUUAUUGAAUUAAGUUACUGAAUUAACUUGUUUUUAACGAGCAAAGCUUAUAUUAAAAUUAGGUUAACUAAUGUGAAAUUUAGUUCAGGUGUUAGUAGUUAAUGUUGGCCAGUAGCCUAUUGAGAAAAUAAAAUCGUAUGUUAGCUCGGUUAAACAAGUUUUAUGGCUAGCUGCCUUUCUAGUUUUAGAAUUAGUUUGAUAUAGUUUUUAAUGGAAUUUAAAAUUUACUGCAUUUUUUUGUAUUUGUGUUUUAAAGGCAACUGUAAUGAAGCAUCAAGAAAGACAUGAGCAGGCCAGCCACCCUGAGACUGAUAAUUAAUGAGAAGACAUUUCUGUCAAAGUGGAUGAUGGGCAAAGAUGGUGGCCAUGUUUUGGAGCAGCACCUGGGUUUUGCAGAGGGCUAUGUAUUUUUUGGCUGUUUGUCUUUUUUCUCCAUUAUGUUUCUGUUGCCUAAAUAUUCUUUGUAAGGAUGAAUCCAGAGGACACAACAUAAUGUACUGCAAAACGUGCUAAGACAGGAGAAAUGGUGAAGAUGCACUGUUCCAGCAUUGGAAGACUGUAUUUUUAAGUGUUAUACUUAAAGUGUUUUAAGUAAAGAAUUUGAUAUUUUGUAAUUAUUGUGUCUGUUUUAAUUGAAUGCCAGUAGUACCUAUGUAGAGUAAAAAUAAAAUUAAUUCUAUAUAAAAAUGAUAAAAUCUAAUGAAAUCUAUAUUAAAAUGAAUGAAUUACAGUAGUAUACUGAUAAAUCGAAUGCAGUUUGCUACUGUAAAUUUUAAUUACAGUAACUUACUGGCAACAGUGUUUGAAAUGUUUGAAACCCUUUGAAAUGUCUAACAGUGUAUAUAGUGAAAUUGGAUUAGUAAUGUAUAAUAAUAAUUUUAUUGCUAUCUAGAAAAAGGUUAAAAAAGGAACCCAUGAGGGUCAUUAAUGCACCUUUAAGUGACAGUUGCAAUUAAAACCUUUUCAAAAAGGUUCAGAAAUUAACCUUUAAGGUUCCCCCACAGUUGCAAUCUCCAGGAACCUCAAAAGGUUCAUUUUUGAACCUUUUCUUCUAAGACGUAUGCAUAAGUAACUGCUUUGGAAUUCUGUAUAAGCAGCAAGUCUUGAGUGUCAUAAAUAAUGCUCCUUGAUGCUCCAUUUUAAUUAGAACUAUGUCAUUGCUACAUUUUGGUGUUUAUAGUUGACAUUUCUUUUGUCAGCUGUCUUGUAUUUUAUUUUAAUUAUUUUUUUUCACACAGCUUGCACUAGUUAAUGAUUCGCUGAUAUUAAACAUAACAUUUUAAAAUAUAAAAAUGUAUUCAACUGUAAAAUACUGGGCUAUUUUAGAGUACAUUUCUUUGUUGGCAAUAUUUUUACUUUUCGUCUACAGGCAUAUAUUAAUAUUUAUUUAAUGUAUUUAUUUAUUUUUAAGAAUCAAAUAAUGUUGGUGCCUUGUCAAGAUGAUAACGGUGCCAUCUUGGAUGUGUCUACCAAACUGCACAGCCUGUGGUCCUAAACCAGUAUUAUUAUUUUCACAGAUAAAUCCUUGUCUGACACUUGGAUUUCCCGGCUCUCGCAAAUUUCUUUCGCAAUAUUUGUUUCCAUGUUUUUGAACUAGUUACAGCCGCUUCGCUAAUGAAUCACUCAGCUCAGUUUAAUGAAUUAGUCGGGUUUGAAUUGGCUCACGAUUCAGUCUGAAUCAUUCGAACAGCUCACACACAGUAUCGUUUGCAGCAGUUACAAGAUACCAAACACAGAUAACAAAAACUAGAAAAAGUGAAAAUGUACAAAUAUCGUCUUUACUGUUGAUCAACAUCUGACACUUGUAGGUAUGACUGAAAGUAAGACAUUUUCCAGUAGGCCUAUGAAAACACUACAUGAACAAGUAAAUGUAUCACAAAGUAAUCAUAUGCAUUUUGAAUAAUUUUAUGCUAGUGUGCUAGUGUACAUACAUCGUAGCAUUGUAUUAGCAUCUAUCGUUACCGAAGUACUUCCACAACACAUAACAUUUUUCUGAAGUAAUUAAGCAACUUACUUCUAUCAAGUAAACAUAUUUUUGUGGUGAUUUGUAACCCAACAGAACUAAAACAUUUAAAAAUGUUGCUCUCAAAGUCCCCAGGAUUGAAUGCUGUUACUGUUUUUAAUAGGCCUACAGCAUUUUCUUACGAAAUAAAGGUGCCCUCGAUGUUAGUUGACAGCCCUGUGCACCAGUAUUUUAACUUUGUUUACGUCUGUUCAUGGUUGUGUCUGAUGAUAGAUCCAUAGCACGUAUAUCGUGUGUUGUUGUAUGCGUUGUCUAUGUAUUUGUUUUCAGAAGUAUCCACAAGUGCCAAACUAUUUGUCUUUAAUAUAAUUUUGUUUUAAAAGUAAACAUGUACAGUGACACUUCUAUGAACUGCAGUUUGACUUGAAUGGAAGCUACUUUAGUUAUCUCUGAAUUUGUUACCAUGUCAUGUAUAUCCAAUUGUUCAACUGUGUCUAUCAUGUGAAUUGUGGGAAUCCAAAGAAAUGACAUUUGACAUUAAGAAAGGACAAAACUUGUAUCACAUGAUAACUGCUGUGUCACAUUUACAUCUUUUACACCAAUAUCAAGGGAAAAAUGAGUCUGAUUUCAUAGGAUUUAAACAUAGGACUGAAAUAAGUUGAGUUUGUAGCCUGAAUCAUGGACAUUCACUUUUGCAAUUCUAGAAACUUUUCUCAUCGAUUAUUCAAAUUUAGGUACUUGCGUUUGUGUGUUUUUUCCCUCGGACAUAAGCGGUAAAUCUUCUGAUCUAAAAAUUCCAAAUUCUUAAUCAUUAACCAAGAGUAGCUCUAUAAAGAUAAGAAGCACAGCGACUGUAGAUCUUCACUCUUCUCUUUAGCACAAGAGAAACAGUCAUGGCUUUAUUUCAGCUUUUCUUAAUCUCAGUAAUAUGUUCCUGCAUGGCACAGAAUGAGGAUAUUAUGACUCCUGUGGUGAAUAUCUACUCUGAGUUGAAGGAGCUUAAAGCUUCAAUAAAUGGACUGACAAUGGAUCUGAACACUGCUAAAAAUGAACUUGCUGAGCAGAAAAGCUUGAUUCAGGAGCUGCAGAAACAGAUUAAAGAGAGUCCUAAAGUGGCAUUCACUGCAUCCAUGUCAAAUACAGAGGAUACACACCGAGGGCCUUUUAGUACGGAGGCCAAGCUCAUCUUUGAUAAAGUCCUAACCAACAUUGGCAAUGCAUAUGACCCUGUCACAGGAGUGUUCACAGCACCUGUAAAAGGUGUGUAUUACUUCAGGUACUCAGGCUCUGCGUUUUCCUCUCAUGAUAUGGGUCUGAGCAUCUUUAAAGGCACGACACGAUUUGUGUCUUCAUACGAAUAUAAUUCUAGUGAGCGCAACGACCAAAUGUCCAAUGGAGCUGUGAUGGAGCUGGAUGUUGGCGAGGAGGUUCACAUGAGGCUGUGGAUCAGAACCUGGAUCUUUGUGGAUCGACGGUACAACUAUUCCACUUUCACAGGCUACCUGCUUUACCCACUGGAUUCUACUUCUGUAUAAUUUGUAUGUGUGAAUUAUUUAGUAAAAAGUCAACAAGAAUUGUUUAAAAGUCCUGAAAACAUAGCUUAUGUUUCUUUGUUGUGUUAAUCAUGCAUAAAUGUAGUUAAAAGGUCACUAUUUCAGAUAUACAGACAAAAACAAGAGUCCUCCUGUACACUUCUAUGGAACAUGAAUUUUCAUUCAGGCACAUUGCUUGGUUAUCCAUAUGAGGACUUAUCAUAGACUUCUAUAAAUAAAGCUACACACUAAACGUCUUUUUUUUUUACUUGAGUAUGUUCCUAGAUGGCAACUCAAUGAUGGCAACCUAACAAAUUUGUCAUCAAAGAACAGUUAUGUAAAUCAGUUAUGUUAUGUAAUGCACACAAAAGACUAGUCAAAUAAA